AUGAGUUCACUCAAUGGUAACCACCAACCACGAAAGCCGACAAAACCACCCUUGCAACACGUACGGCAACGUCCACAAUCUCAACAGUCGGUGCAGUUCACCGAACAGGAGAAAUUGGAUAUUCAAACCAAGCUCAAUAAAGCCUUGGGACCGGAGUACGUGAGCUAUCGACCAGGUGGAGGAGGAAGCUCAGUCCAGUACAUAGAAGGAUGGAAGGCACUAAACUUAGCGAAUGAAGUGUUUGGAUUUAACGGGUGGAAUUCUGAAUUAGUUUCAUGUGAGAUUGAUUACUUAGACACGCAUGGAAAUACGGGCAGAUGCUCCUUAGGACUCUCCGUUGUAGUCAGAGUAACUCUCAAAGAUGGUACUUAUCACGAGGAUAUUGGGUAUGGGUAUAUCGAUAAUGCCAAGAGCAAGUCACAAGCGUUUGAAAAGUGUAAGAAGGAGGCAUACACGGAUGGAAUAAAGCGUUGUUUGAGAUGCUUUGGUAAUGUUUUGGGUAACUGCCUAUACGAUAAGACUAUAACCAAACAGAUGAGCAAGUUGCAAAAGAACAACAUCGAAUAUGAGCCAGACGAUUUUCAUCGCGAUCCUAUAUAUGCAGAGAGGGAACGUAAGAAGGAACUAAUGGAGAAACGGGCCCAAGAGGAGAAGGAGCUAGAAGCAAGACGCGAACAGGAGAGAUUAAGAGCGCCGGAUGAAGCAUUCAUUACUCCCAGACUGCCCUCCAAAAUAGUACAACAAGUGAAUAAAAGAAAAGACGCCGAUGAAAUUGACGAGUCUUUUAAUUUCAGUGACGAAGGUGCCGAUGAAGAGCACGAACUCGAUCACGUGGAAACUAAAUCAACCCAAGUCGAGCAUUUCGAAAACAAAUACCAGGAAGAAGAUCUGAACCAUUUUCCUGCAUUUGUCGCAGCAAAGAAUGCGGCACUUUUGCAGUUAAAACAGGACGGUAAAGCUGAAGAAAUACCUCAAUUCGACACCACUUUUGUCUCACCCAAUAUUGAACGUACAGUUGAUCCCACCAAAUCAGUACCUGUGAAAAGAGUCGAUUUGAAAGGCAAGACGCCACCUCUUGGGGUAAACCACCUUCAGAAUAGAGUGAAAAAGCCUAGUACCAAUCACUUGAAUAACAAUUUCGGUAAAAGGAUUGGUGUGCCGCCUAUGAGACCAGUCAAACGACUACACGGAGAGGAACUAUCUACAAUAGAAAAUAGAUAG